UUUCCUAGUUCCGAAAUGCUCAAAGGAUAACCUGGACAUUUUCAUUGUACUGGAUGGCUCCCAAAGUAUCCAAGCAUUUAACUUUGAGAGACUUCGGAAAUUCCUAUCCAACCUCGUGGGACAAUUCAAAAUUGGCGAGUUCGAGAGUCGUGUGGGGUUGAUGCAGUUUAGUAACAAGUUUCGCACCGUGAUUGAGUUUGAUUUUGGAAAACAUAAAACCACCAAGGAUAUCCAAAACAAUAUUAAAACGCUCGUGCACCAACACGGUAACCAGACCUUCGCUGGAAAUGCUUUGAAACAUGUGAAUAAGCAUGUAAGUUUAUGCGUUAAUGAAUUAGUUUAAAACGUAUAAUUUGCAUAAUUUGCUAUAAUUUACAAUCUUUGUCAAAAACUAUAGGACGUAUAUGCCGUGCCCCUCCCCCCUCGUUCAAUGUUGGGCGCCCACAAAACCAUUAUCUGCCUGCAUGUCGCCAACAUUGAAACAGGUGGAGGGGGCGGGGGUAGGGGAGAGUAAAUAAAUGUAUAAAAAGACUAAAAUACAUAUGAAUGCAUGUAAAAAACUAAGUAGCCCCAAUGUAUAUUGUCAAAUAUUGUAGUUGUUUCUAUGAUUGCAAAGAGCAGCAUUAUUGUCCCCUUAGCCCUUUUCGAAGGGUUAUGAUAAUAAGAAGCAAAAUAGUUGCCGUCUGUAAAGUCAAGUUAACCGGAACUCCUAUUAUUUAAGAUUUGACGACAACAUGUAUUUGAAAAAUCUGCAUGAAGACUAUCGUUUAUUUGACAGAAGUUAUCGAGCGGCUCUAUAUCACCAGUGAUCACUGUCUAACCAACCAACCAACCAACCAACCAACCAACCAACCAACCAACCAACCAACCAACCAACCAACCAACCAAACCAACCAACCAACCAACCAACCGACAAACCAGAAAACAGGACCAAUAAUCGCUAGAUAGACUGGACUGAAUAUAUUGGACACGUUCAGAUUUUACUUCCACUACCACUACCUUGCACUAGCUCAAUACACAUUUGAUUGCAUGGUUAAUCCGAUGGAUUAAACGCAUCUUAUUGAUCAAUGGUAUUGCGGUAGCAGUAGCAGUAGUGGAAGUCAAAAUUGGAACCAAUCAUGAGUCAAUCUAGAGUCCGGGUGGGCUCUAUAACAAACAUACUUGCAGGGAGGUGAGUCCGGGAUUGGACGCACCGAGGGUGGCUGCAAGUUUCCCAAACUCAUCGAGAGAAGCGAGGUGAGUUCGGGAAACUUCCAGCCACCCGAGGUGCGUCCAAUCCCGGACUCACCGAACCUGUAAGUAUGUUUGGUUUUUAUCACAUGCCAUUUCGGUAAAAUACUAAAAAAUACUGAAGAAUUAAUUUUAUACGCAUUUUACUUUUUAAAAAGUAUAUAAUUUCGUGUUUGGAUAACGAACAUUUUAGCCGCCAAUAUACUACGCAAACAAACAAACUUAGGCUUAAAUUAAAGCUAAAAAAAAUCUCUACAAUACUCCCUUAUUCUUGAAAAGAGAAAAUGAACACAUUCUGCGAAAACAAUGCCAAGACUUAUAUAAAUCUACUCGUGCCGAACAAAUUUCGGCGGCCAUCUUUCUUUUUUUCCACUUUGAAUACAGAAUAUUCCAUUUUCAUCACACAAAAUAAAAAAAAUAAUAAUUAUAAAACAAUUAAAAACAGCUAACUUAUUUUUUUAUUUAAAUCUUCAUCUGAAAUUUGUUCAACUCGCUUCAUAAUGGCCGCCGCCAAAACAUCAAUCUCGAACCAGUGAACUCUAAUAAUAACUGGAAGGCUAACUCCUAUGAUCAAAGUCUAUGAUUCGUUGAAGCCGGCGCGCGGGAAAAUCAGCUUUCAAAAGGACUAAGGAGAGUUUCGAGGAGUGAAAAAAAUUCUGCCAAAAGUUUGUUUUCGAGCAAAAAUUUGCAAGAAAAACACUUUUUCCAUAGGAAUACAACAAUGAUUGGGAUUUAAACCAGGUUUUCCGAGUAGUUCCAACUGUUUUACAUCUCUCUGCAGCAAAAAGUAAGGAGUUUUGCUUUUGUAUUUUGAAAAAAUGACGAAAGUUUGGACGUGCCGAAGGAAACCUCGCCGUUCAACUAAAAAAUAUAUACUAUAAAACAUUUUGACAGUCCCAAAAUUUAUGUUGUACUAAACCCUAGGUAUUGUUAUUGAUCCUGAGCUUUUAGUCCUUGUUUUAGUCGCACUUAAACAUAAAUAAAUUGGCGUUUUUCAAGUGAUGUCAUUUUCGUCAUCGGCAUCUUGUUGGCCACUAUGAGCACUUUGAAUAUGGCAAUAUUUUUGUCAAUUUUCAAAUGCUUUUUUUUCGACCUUAAAACGUUCAAUCUUCUUGAAACUUCGCAUACAGAUGUAUUUUGCAUGGGUAUAAAAAAUUCCUGAGGUAUGACGUCUUAGUUUUACCUUAAACUUCCAAAAACUCAGAAAAAGCAGCCUAAAACGCGCGGUUUUUCAGACCGUUCAUGCUUAUGGUCGUGUUUUUUCGUAAUUUUUUGCUAAUACGUGAUUUGUUUGCUUUGCGAAUAUUAAAUUCAUUUAUCACACUACUAAUAUAAAUUAAAUUUGGUAGUAUAACUAAUAUUUUUGGGCAAUAUUUUUCUGAUCAAAAAAUGUGCAUAUUUUGAAAAAAAAAAUUAAAAAGGACUGGGUCUACCUACAAAAAAAGCUUCAAGCACGGCUUCAAUUUCCCCCCCUGACUUAGCCUUCCAGUUAUUAUUAGAGUUUACUGUCUCGAACCCACCUCCUAAACUUACGUCAGCAGGUGGGUUCGAGAUUGAACGCACCUCCUCGUAGCCAAUAGGAAAGCCGCUAAUACGCUAGGUAUGAGAUAAUAGUUUGACUGAUUAUAUGUAAUCUGACUGGAUGGACUCAUUGACAGACUACUUUAUUGGUUGUGUCGCUGCUACUCCAUCUUCAUUGGGAUUUAUUUCAUCAAGUAAUUCUUGCGUUGCUACUUGUUUAGUGCGGUGGCUGACCGUUUCGGGAUGGUGUAAAUAACAUAAAAUUUUAGAACAUUUGUUAGAAUAUCUUUCUUUACAUCUUCUAGGUGUUCCCAGCUGGAAAUGCAAGUGGUCGUCCAGAUGCUGAAAAGGUCUUGCUGUUGAUAACAGAUGGCCAACCGCACGACCCUGAGGUUGCCUUGGAAGAGGCAGUUAAACUAAAGAAAAAAGGAGUUCAUUUAAUCACAAUUGGAGCAGGAACUGAAAAGUGGAUAAGCAAGUUAAAAUUGUUUCUCAAUCGCCUUGGAUCUAAACCAACUCACAAUCACCAAGAAGAAUUCAAAUAUUUGCAGAGGAUUACACAUAAAUUGGUGAACGACAUUUGUGGAAGCAAAGAAAGGCAGCCUGCUAGUACGUUUUUUCGACCACAUUAAUAUUUUAUAAAGCUAUUUUGAAACUCAGAUUCAUGUUAUCAGUAAGAACCUGGAAUUUGAGAUGUAAGAUGUUUAAACUUUAAACAUAUAGUCAAUCCAGCUCGAAGCACCAAGAUUUCGGUUGCUAUAGUUGUGCUCGCUUAUUUUUCUUUGUGUACUUAAUCUUUAACCUAAUUCCCAAAUUAAAAGAAAUGCUGUAAUCUCUUACAACACUUUCUUUACAGCUCCUCACAAGUGUUUCCAGGAGAAAAAGGACAUUCUGAUCAUGAUGGAUGGAUCAAAAUCAAUUGGCAAGAGAAAGUUCAAAAAAGUGAGAUCAUUUCUACAAGACUUUCUAUCCCGAGUGGAUGUUGGAUCAUCUCGAAUUCACGUCGGCGUUAUUGAAUUCAGUGACAGUCACACAACAAGUAUUGAGGUUUCACUUAAUCAGUAUACUACCGUAGAAGAUCUAGUCGCGGCUGUGGCUAAAAUAAUGUACCAAGGAGGGAAAGAAGCAGAUCUGCUUGACGCACUCAGGACGGCAGAUUCAACGGUAAGAAACUAUGUUACAAACUAUGUUAUAAAAAAUAGGAAAGAGAUUAUAUUUAUAAGGAAACUUAUAGAAAGCUAAUAAAAAGCCUAGACUUAUAGUUAUUAAGAAAACAUACAUGGUUUGAAAAUCGGGAAAUUUGGGACCUGCUCAUUCAGGUUUCAGUCAUUGCGUUUUGCCGUGGGCUUUUGGAGGUGUGGCGUCAAGAAAACAUGUCUAUAUAUCAACUGGCCAAAAAAUGGUCUUCAUUUUAUUUGAUCUCUUUCAAUGAUUUUAUUAGCUAAAAGAAAAUCCUUUACCUUUUUUGAUUAGCAAGAAUUUGAGGAUUCGAAUUUGGCAACAAGAACAGGUUUAUUCUUGCUUUAGGCCAUUAUUUUCUGCUACCCUUCUGUUCUACGUUCGACGCAAUCAUAAAAAUGCCCCAAAUUGAGAUACCUUUGACUAUUUUAGUUCUAGCUUUGAUGGCUUGCAUUUGCAUUAUUCAACAUAUAGGCGCUUCCACGCCUUCCAAAUGGAACAAUAAAGCCUGGGAAUCAGACUCGAACCGGCUAUACACAACCAUGGAAUUUCACUUGAUAUUUAACGAGAUUAAGGAUUAAAUAAUGAUUAUUAAUAAUUACAUAUUGCUGCUGAAAAAAUGUAGCUAACCGCUUUGCUAUACAGGGUGUAUAAAAAAAACUGCACAGAUUUGAAAUUGCUCUUAAAUUCGCAAAACAGCUAUUAAUAUCCAGUUUUUGAUGUAUAUAGCUUCUUUGGGUACUUAUAAUGAAGAAAAAUGGAAAAAAUUUCUCGAACUCAAAUUUUGUAAACCAGGGGGGGGGGGUCUUUUCAAACAAACUAAAAAUGGCUUGCGCACGAAAUUUAAAAGCUUUAAUCAUAUUUUAAGUUAACAGAUGGAACAUUUGUUGGGUUUUUAAUUACUGUACAAAAUUUCAGACAAUUUGCUUUAGUUUAAGCCCUUUAACUAUUCAUUUUUCUCUAAAAAAUUUGCCUUAAUGCAUGCUUAAUUUUAAUGCCUUUACCUAAUUUGCAUCAGCAAUAUGCAUAUGCAAAUUAGGCAAAGGCAUUGAUGAUUUUUUAAGAAAAAAUGCAAAUGGAUGAUUUUUUAAGAAAAAAUGUAAGUUUGCGUGAAUGGUUAAAGGGCGUAAACUGAAGCAAAUUUUUUUGAAAUUUUGUACAGUAAUUAAACACCCAACAAACUUUCUAUCUGUUAACUUAGCAUAUGAUUAAAGCUUUUAAAUUUCGUGCGCAAGCCAUUUUUAGUUUGUUGGAAAAGACACACACCCGUGGUUCACAAAAUUUGAGUUCGAGAAAUUUUUUCCAUUUUUCUACAUUAUAAGUACCCAAAGAAGCUAUAUACAUAAAAACUGGAUACUAAUAGCUGUUUUGCGAAUUUAAGAGCAAAUUUCAAAUAUGUGCAGUUUUUUUUAUACACCCUGUAUUUAUUAUAAGUUUGCGUAUAUUUACUUUUAACUGCGAUCUAUUUGUUAUUUAUAGGUUUUAACCGGCAGCCAUGGUGACCGUAUCACAGCGCCAGAUACCAUUAUCAUCUUUACAGAUGGUAACUACAAUGACGAAGGCAUCCCAGAAGUUCUCAAAAAAUUAAGAAAGAGAAAAGUUCGUAUUGUAAGCGUGGGAGUUGGAGGUCAAGGGAAGAACUUCAAACAGGUCAAGGUCGACGCGCUCGCUAUAGGGACUGGGGAUGUGUAUGAUCUUACGAAUUUGGAAUCGUCUGAGUUUAUAGAUGAUAUCGCUCCGAGUACGUGUAAAAUGACCUCAUGCACAUCAGGUAAACUGAAAUAGUUUUUUUUGUUAACCGAGGAGGCCGAACAAUAGCUUCUAAAUAAGAAUAGAGAGCUUGAGCAUGCGACCUUUUUAAAAACACGGACGCUAACCGGAAGUUAUCGCGGAGCAAUUGUCAGGGACGCCGGAACGACGAGAGGGCAAAGGGGGCAGUCUUUCGUCGAAGGGCACUUUUGAAUUGAUAUAUAUUAAAGGACGUUUACGAAACAUCUGGAGUUUAACGCUGCCAUAAUCACGUUUCUGAUUUGUAAAGAAAGAGGGAGGUCUGCGGUUCUCCCCCAGAGGAUUUUGAUAUUUUUGAAGCUCAAUGACUGCAUUUCUGGCACAAAAGAAUUCAGCCAAAAAUGCCCAAAAUGACUGUUGUCAUACGCGAAAUUUGAGCUAUAUAGAGACUCGUUUGAAUCAAGUUCCUUCAAGUAAUUUUACUUUUCUCAUGUAUUGUUAUCGCUUUAAAGUUAUCUUAACUUCGCCCUCCUUCUCAGCCCAAUUUCUUUUCAGAGGUAUUUGCGAAAAAUAUGAGGUGACACGCACGUUAAUAGCGAAUUGGGACAACACUGGAAUCAUGUAAACUUAAUUUUCAUACAUUUCUUACAGUUUUCCAGCUAAAGUUUGUUAUAUCAUAUACUUUAUAUAGUUCUCUAAUAACAAGACCGAAUUCUUUCUAUUAAUAACAAAUAUUUUCCUUUAAUCAAAAGGCCACCUUCGCUCCCCUUGCCCCUCCUGGUAAAGGGCAAGAGGGGCAGCUGCCCCUCCUGGCCCCCCAGUUCCGGCGUCCCUGCAUGCAAUUAUAGAUGGCGAUUGAUGGCGUCCGCAGUUCUUGUGUGAAAUCACGAACAUAAAACUUCGUUGACUGCCUUUCUUGAUCUCGAACUAGAACUGCUAACCCAAUCACUCGCCAUCUGCAACGGCUCAAUUUAAAACGCCGCAAACAUAUCAAAAUUCUUUUACAGCUGCUCCAAAAUGUUCGCCAGAAAAUCAAGAUAUCCUAUUUCUUAUGGAUGGUUCGGUCAAUAUUGGCAGCGCAUUUUUCCGGCUAGGGCAGAGGUUUGUUAAACGUCUCAUAGACAAGAUGACUAUUGGAAAGAAUACAACGCACGUGGGUGUCAUGCAGUAUGGUUCUGCUGGACGAGUUUCACACGUAUCAAGGCUAACCACGAAUAACUUGCGGAGUCAAAUCAGUAAUCAAAUUUCUAGGAUGGUUUAUAUGGAUGAACGGCGGGACUCAGAUUUGGCUUAUGCCUUGUCCAUUGCCAGCGAUACGGUAAGCUUUCGAAAUAUCGAAAUAUUGAAAUGUAAAAAUUAACCCAUCGAUCCGUAAUGUAAACCACGUUGUGCGGUGAAGGCACAUCCUUUUGGAUGAUUAUUUUUAGCGUGAUGUGAGUUGGCGCACAACAUGCGAUUGAGCAAAAACUCGUCACUAAAGAUGGAGUUUCUUACAUUUUGCAAUAAAUCAACAUGUAGCUAACUGGAUCUAAACGUUUCCUUUGGGCAAAUUGAAACCAGUGGCGGCGCCAGGGGGAGCAAGGGGGGGCAAAUGCCCCCUAAUUAUUUUUUGCCCCCUCCCUCCCAUUUCCCCCCCCCUCAAAAAAAUUUAUUAGUCACUGAGAGCGACUAAAGGCUACACAAGCGUUUUGUCGUUAUCGGAAAAUGUAUAGCUUAUAAGUUGUCAUUACCCAUUAGUGAAUGCGCGUAUACAUGAAACUCUCUUUUACAGUUUCAAUAUUAGUUUGUAAAUCUCUGAAUGGUAAAACUUGCCAAUACUCCAAUAAUACGUUUCAAAAAGGACAAAAAAGCUUUAGUUUUGCAAAGUUAAAUUCUCAAACAUGUAAAGGCCCACACAGACCGGACGUGAUUCGGCAACGCGACGCGAAUUUUCAGUUUUUAAAAACAAAUAAAACCGUCAAUGGAUAAAAAUUUUACAAAGUAUGCAGACCAAAUAGCUAAAAUUGCUAAGUGGUCCCGAAUAUUUGAAAAACAAUGAAAAAUAUUAAAGUUAAAUGUCAUUGAAAACUGAAAAUUUGCGUCGCGUUGCCAAAUAGCGUCCGGUCUGUAUGGGCCUUAAUUAAGCACUAAUAACAUGAACGUAUCAUGAAAUUAUUUGAAUAAACCACAUCGCAUAUAUGGGGGGCGAAUAUCCUAAAGGGAGGGCGAUGUUCCUGGGGCAUUAAUUCGCCCCUCUGGGGGGGGGCGAUAUUCCUAGGAUAUUCGUCCUCCGGGGGCGGUAUUCCUAGGAAUAUCUCCCCCUUUUGAGAAGGGGGGCGAAUCUCCUCCGGGGGGGGGGGAACAAAAGUCCUGUGACAACGGCUUGGGCAAAUAGCAGUACCUUUUUAAAAAUUCUAUCUUGCCCCCCCAAAAUAUGAGUUUGCCCCUCAAAUGCCCACCCAAAUUGUGAGGCCUGGCGCCGCCACUGAUUGAAACAAAAAAUUAACCAAAAUGGGCGAGGUCGAAUUUUGCAUCAACAUACCUAACGAUUAAAGUGGCCAACGUAUUGGACUAAGGGUAUGUUUACAUUGUAUCAGAUCGAUCGUUUUUUUUUCGUUUGCAAAAUUAUGUUACGCUCAGGUGUAAACAGCUUCCGCCUCUGCCCUUCUAUGCCUACGUUUUUUCCUUCAUAUAUUUACCAAAAACAAAAAUAUUGCAGGCGUCAUUUGAAAGAGUGAGCAAACUAUACCCGUCCAAACAAGGUUAGAAUAGCAAGUUUUUGUUUGCCAGACGCCAUCUUGAAUCCCGAAUUGAACUAAAAAUUGCUACGAUUGGUGUUUAUAUUGCAAUGACAACGUUGCAAAAACUAAUCCGGCACAAUUUGACGAUUACAUCAUUUCAUAUGUAAACACGAGCUCUAUAUAUCCGUUAUGGUUUUUUAACAUGCAUAGCCUAAAAUGUGUACUUUCUUGAAGCUAUACAUAUUUUGCUGCCAUGAAAUAGUACAAUGAGGUGGCAAGAAAGUUAACAUGCAUUACAAUACCACAUAAUUGACAUUUUAUCUGAAGUGGUUUUGUUUUGUUUUAUUGUUUUGUUGAUAACUCUGCCAGCAUGCACAUACAGCAACAUUGAAAUGGGAGAGGGGAUUUUAUAUUGCCCAAUAAUUUACAAAAAUAACUUUUUAAUCUAAGUGUCCCACCUUUCAGUAUCACUGAUUAUGACCAGCAGUAAUAUUGCCUCAUGUAGGCAAAAUACCGUAAACCUCCGACUAUAAGCCCCCCGAAUAUAAGCCACCCCCCGAAUAUAAGCCCCCCGAAUAUAAGCCCACCAUAUAACACUCACCUCAUUCCAAAUAUAAGCCCCCCAAAUAUAAGUCCCCGAAUAUAAGCCCAGUAGCCCACUACGUUAUUCAACAUUGACAUUGUCUUUUAAUAUAGCAGAGAACGAUAUUUAAAAAAACAUUGUCAUUGUCUUUAUAGCCGACUAUGUGAAUCAAAGCGCGUUAUUGAUACAUGUUUAUUUUCCUGUUUAUGACUGACUUGUUUAUUACUAACACAAAAGAUCGUCCAAGUAUUAGCCCCCCGUAUAAUAUAAGUCCCCCCCCCCUUGUAUAAGCCCAUCAAAAAUCGCUUACGAAAGUAUAUAAGCCUAGGGCUUAUAGUCGGAGGCUUAUGGUAUCUUGUUAGGUUACAUUGAUACUUUAAUUAAAAACCUUUUAAUUUCAAUUCCAGCUGCUUAACCCAAGAGAGAAAGGUCGUGACGUCGUUUCAAAAACCAUUGUUUUAAUAACAGAUGGUGACAUUAACGAUUUCGCCGAAGUUAAUUCCAUGGCAAAAACUGUGCGUAACCGAGGAAUCCGUAUCAUUGCCCUGUCUAAUGGCAUGAACAGCGACUAUAAGACAUAUGUAUCGUCACUCGGGCUUAUCGCUUCAGGUCCAAAGGAAUAUUACAGAGUUGACAACUCCCAGUUUAAUGAAGUUCUUGCAGAGUUAGAGAAAACUGUAUGUAUCUCAGAACCACAAAGUAAGUAGACUGUGAUGGUUUUAUACAAACCUGUUACUAUUGGUCUGUCAAAAUUAGGGUACCCUCCAGAUAUCAGGAGUACAUUCUAUCAUUAUCAUUUCACUGGCAAAUACAGUUUCGACUGGCUGGAGCACUUUCUCUGUAAACUGGCCAUUUACCAUUCAUUCACACUAUAUGCAAUGCAUAUACUUGUUGAAAAUUAUGACAUCACUAAAUCCAAAAUAAUUCCACGUUUACCGAUAACACAGCUGGGCAUUUUAGUCAGAAAACGUAAAAAAACUAACCACGCCUCUAUACGAUGGAAUAUCUAACUACCUUUUAACACAACCAGCCCUCGAUAUUUCGAAACCAUUAAUACGGUAUGUUAUUUCUCAUUGCAGUUCCAGAAACGUGUUUUAGUCAAAAACGUCGAGUAUUUUUUGCCCUGGAUAGCUCUUCAGGGCGUGGCAAGAAAAAAUUCAGAGAGGUAAAGGAAUUCAUGGAAAACUUGGUGACAAAACUUCAGAUUGGUGUGUCAAAUAGUCCUGUUGGCUUCCUACAGUAUGACGAUCUCACGACUUCAAGAGAUCGUGUAGUGUUCGAGAAGGAUGAGUCAGUCGAAGAAACCUUAUCUCGUAUCAAGAAUAUGAAAUACCGUAAAGGAAGAGAGAGUUACCUUGGAAAUGCUUUGAAAAUUGUUAAUAAUCAGGU